GUUCUUUUAAAUUAAACAGGAACAGUAGAGGAUGUGGGAUGGAGUGAUGAAGAUGAUGUCAAGCGAGAUGCAGGUUGGACACACGUGAUGCUCCUUCUUACAGGAAACGAUGGCUCGACGCCCCCCGUUGACCAAAAUAAGCGCAUCCUCCUUCUCUACGGCAGCAUCUACGUCAUUUUUGCUGUGCACGGCUGUCACAGGCUGCGUGCACACACAAAGCUCAGAAAACAACACGCAUUCCCGUUCUUUAACUGGACUUUAAAGCGGCUCUGUGUGUGUGCGUGUGUGUGUGUGAGAGAGAGAGAGAGAGAGAGAGAGCGAGAGAGAGAGAGAGAGAGAGAGAUGCUAUCUGAAGGAGAAGUCCUCGCCACCAUGACAUCAUCUGUUCCCACACAGCUUUUUAAUCCGUGACCCGGUGGAUCCGGGCGGUUCGGGUUGAGCAGCUCGAACAGAGGAUUAUUAAAAUACAUCAACAAUGAUGGCGUUUCAAUGAGAGGGGGGAGGGGAGGAUAAGGGGAGAGGAGGAGAGACGUGCACCGUCAUCAGCAUCUGUCCGCCAGCUCCCUUUGUGUUCACCGGAGAGCGUGGAUGGCGAAAGAUGACAUGGCAGAGGUAGAUUUGCCCCCGAACGGAGCAGAUCCCCCCGGUGAGGCCUCGUUUCCUUACGAGGAGUACGAAUGUAAAAUCUGUUAUAAUUAUUUCGACCUUGACAGGCGCGCGCCGAAGAUCUUGGAGUGUCUGCACACGUUCUGCGAGGAGUGCCUGAACACGCUGCACCUCCGGGAGGAGCGGCCAUGGCGCAUCAGCUGCCCCGUCUGUCGCCACCGGACUCCGGUGCCGGAUUAUCGGAUACAGAACCUGCCCAACAACACCAAAGUGACGGAGGAUUUUCCGCUCUAUAUCGAUUCAGACCCCCUCCCGCAGGACGCUCUGCCUCCGUACCCUCCCCCGCUGCACCCAGCCCUUGUCGCCCUCCGCCGGGAGGAGGCAUCGGGGGCGUCCAGCGCCAGCCAGGCGACACCGUCCACCACCGUGUCCACGGCCACCACCCUCUCCCAGGACUCGGUGCGCUAUGACAGCUGUCAGAGCUGCAAGCGGGUGGCGCUGACCACCGGCUGCGUGUGCGUGAUCUUCUCCUUCCUGUCCAUGCUGGUGCUGCUGUUCAUGGGCCUGAUCUUUGUGCACAGUCACAGCAUUCCUCCCUCACCGGCGGGACCCAUCUGCUUGUCGGUAGCCAGUAUCCUGGCCAUGUUCUCGGUGGUCGUCACAUGGCUCAUCUGCUGGCUCAAAUAUAGACCAGACAACGAGACAGGCCGCGCGUCCGCCACCAGCAACUCCAGGAGAAACGCCUGACAGGCUGCUGGCUGUGAUGAAGAUGUUGUGCUGUGGGUAUGAUCAUGUACAUAGACGCCUGCUGGCAACAGAUUCUCCUGUUCCAUUUACUUUUUCUAGGGAUAAAUCCUGCCCAAGAUGGCCUUUUAGCAGUACAGCAAACACCCAAAGGCCUUUAUGUUGUUUGGAGCAAUAGGCCAACACGACCAUCCUGACCAGAUAGACCCUGGAUCUUUUCCUGGAGUUCUGCACUUGAAUUUGAUGUGGGCCCCACUGACUGAACUGAACUUCAGACUGUUGUUGGUCCAGGUUGGAUUUAGUUUGAUGACUGAAUGUGAUGUGAUUCAUCCAGGGUUUGACACUCCCCCCACCCCCACCGUAUCCUGCUGAAUAUGCAUUUCCCACUCUGCCAAUCACUGUAUGAUAACUGACGAUUCACUCAUAUCUUAACAAAGCACUAAAUGGUAAAUGAACUGUAUUUAUAUGGCGCUUUUCUAGUCUUGUUGACCACUUAAAGUGCUUUCACUGUACAGAUACUCCCCUCUGGGUUUUGAUGGGGGUGGGGGGGUUGUUUUAUAUGGGGGCUUAUUGCAUAUGUUAAUGUGGUGAGCCUUUAAUCUCAUUCCAUCACUGAUGAGCUGUAUCUACAACCAAACCUGUAAAUAUGUCACAUAUACAGAGAACUGCUGAGUAGGUAGGUGUGAUCAGCCUUUUCUUGAGGACCUUCCUUAACCUCGUGCUUUAACUUUUAUCCGUCAGGACGGCACCGUUUCCAUGGUCACUGUAAAGCUGCACCUCUUCCAAGCAAAGGGAUACAAAGAGAAAGCUUGUGAUUUGCUCCUUCUGUGCAUGCUUUGCUACUGAGAAUUUCUUUCAAACAGAAGGGAUGGUGUAUCUCCUGACUUGUGUGCCUCACCUUGUAACUGAAUGAAGUUAAACUUCACUGCAAUCAUAAUCAGAAUCCUUCAUGGGGACUCAUUCACCCUGGGGAGUCAGCAGGGAUUUUUUCCUCUUAUUUACACAUGGAAAGUUUCAAACAGGGUUUCUAGCAUUUAGCACCUUUUUUUAUACUUCAGAAAAAUGUUGAAAAUGCUCUGUUUUUGGAUCUGGCUUUUGAGAACAAGAAAUAUGUGAAAAAACUGUAACUGGGAUCCAACUUCCAAAUCAAUUUAUCUUUAAAAGCCAUAAUUGGAAUUUAUCCACUGAACAGACACAAAGAUCCAGUCGGGGUCAGUCUGAGAUAGUUUGGGGUCACAAUUACAUCUGGAAACUUCCAGAAAUGUGUGUUUGAGAUCAGACAGAGAACUUUCAGAAAGAAUCAUGGAGGCUGUGAGAGUCAGUGUUGCCCCACAAAUUUGCACUAACACCUGAUGUUGAUGAGCUUUACUCAACUUAAACCUCUUUAUUUACAUUUGAGCUUUUUGCACUCUGAAAUAUGUUUUGAAACAAAAGCAGCCUAAGCUGGAGGGAGUGAUGGGCAAACAUCUGAUUAGGAUCUAAAGAGGUUUAUUGGUGCAUUUUAGUUCCCUUUAACAUGCCCCGCUAUCUGACUGCUUCACUCAUCCUGCUCAACCGUUUCCCAACUUCAGUAUGAUGCACUUUCACCCUCUUAUGUGACAAAAGGGGAAGUUAUCUUCGACCAGUAUAAACAUGUAUUUAUUUCAAAGGAUCUCAGAGAUCUUGUUGGAUUUUAUGAGAAUCUGUGGUUGUUGUUAAAUGUAUUUGCACAGAGAAAUGUUCUUUAUGUGCUGUUUUACAUAAACACAUUUCAGUAAUAAAGGAAACAUGAAUAUCAACUGUGUUUAGUGUUUAAGGGGAAAAACAGCAGCUGAUGGAGAGGCUGUGCUUUAUCUUACAUAAUGACUGAGGAUGAUCAGAGUUGACACGUUUAGCUCCCUGCUGUGUAUCAAACACGCCCCCUGCUGGAUGGUGGGUUGUGCUGCAUGCAGUAGAAAACUGAUCCCCCUGCCUGCUCUUCCGUGUGUGUGCUCUUGUGUAAAC